AUGUUGUUACUAUUAGUUAGUAACAGCCGACUCUUCCGUAACUGUACUAUACAGCCUCCAAAAGGCUCCGUAACUAACGGUUGGACACACUGGGAAACCAUUAACAUCUUCUACUCCUUCAACAACUUCAACUUCUGCCUUUCAGACGACCUUAUCAAAUUUGCGCUCUCGAUCCCCUCAACACGCCUACCUUCCAUCAAGGCCUUAACUGUGAACGCACCAGACUCCCAUAAGCUGCGGUCAUACGAAUGGAAAGAUGUGGGAAAUGUUAUUAGCAAAAUGUCAGGACUUCGGAACUGUCGGCUUCUCAUAAUAGCUACUCCCGACGAUGUAGGUCAAGCAACCGCUGGCGCUCGACACACAAAACGAAUUAUCAGUCCUAUUAAGACGUGGGAAACAAGGGAUGCGAUUCUGACAUGGAAUCCGACGUUUAAGUUCAUCUCGCAAUGGCCCAGCGAUGGGGCGAAAGAUUCAACUCGCUUUGGGAAGAAUCUUAUAACCGUAGGAAAUCUUCGCAGUCUCUCUAUGAAGUGUGACUUUUCAACUAACCUUGAUAUUUAUUUUCCGGAACGAGUUCUAGUGGUAAUUGAACGUACCAUCUGGAAAGGUAUCAAGCCUCCCUUUCCCUAA